CGCUCGGCGGCAGCGGCCGGAAACCGGUAGCGGUUUGUUUCUGGUCGGACCAGCCGGGUGCUGCACGCCGAGCAAGCUCAUGGCCUUCAACUUCGGGGGAACGGCGGGCGCCGGGGCCGCCAAUCCGACCGGUGCAUUUGGAGGAUUUGGGACAACCACCACCACUGCAGCACCAGCAUUUAGUUUUUCUGCUCCCACCAACACAGGUACCACUGGACUCUUUGGUGCUACCCAGAACAAAGGCUUUGGAUUUGGCACGAGUUUUGGCACAGGCACUGGAACUGGCUUGGGCAGUGGGUUGGGAACUGGGCUAGGAUUUGGAGGCUUUGGUACCCAGCAGCAGCAGAGCACACUAGGAGGUGGCUUGUUCAGCCAGCCUGCUCAGACACCUGCCCAGUCAAACCAGCUCAUCAAUACAGCCAGUGCCCUCUCAGCUCCCACACUCUUGGGUGAUGAGAGAGAUGCUAUUUUGGCAAAAUGGAACCAGCUCCAGGCCUUCUGGGGAACAGGCAAAGGGUACUUCAACAAUAACAUCGCUCCAGUGGAGUUCACACAGGAAAACCCUUUCUGCAGGUUUAAGGCUGUGGGUUACAGUUUAAUGCCCAACAACAAAGAUGAAGAUGGCCUCGUGGUCUUGGUCUUUAACAGAAAAGAAACAGAUAUUCGAAGCCAGCAGCAGCAGCUUGUAGAAUCACUGCACAAAAUUCUGGGAGGAAACCAGACCCUCACUGUCAACGUAGAAGGUGUUAAAACGAUGCCAGAUGACCAGACAGAAGUGAUCAUUUACGUGGUUGAACGCUCGCCCAACGGCACUUCCAGGAGAGUCCCUGCAACCACCCUCUACGCCCACUUUGAACAAGCCAACAUCAAGUCCUCCCUGCAGCAGCUGGGGGUCAGCCUCUCCAUGGCCAGGACAGAGCUUUCCCCAGCACAAGUCAAACAGCUCCUGCAGAACCCUCCUGCUGGUGUUGAUCCUAUUAUUUGGGAACAAGCCAAAGUUGAUAAUCCUGAUCCUGACAAGCUUAUUCCUGUACCAAUGGUGGGUUUCAAGGAACUGUUGAGAAGAUUGAAGGUCCAAGAUCAGAUGACCAAACAGCAUCAAACUCGAUUAGAUAUAAUAUCAGAAGAUAUCAGUGAGCUGCAGAAAAACCAAACCACAACCAUGGCAAAAAUUGCACAGUACAAAAGGAAGCUGAUGGCACUUUCUCACAGAACACUACAGGUGUUAAUAAAGCAGGAGAUCCAAAGGAAGAGUGGGUAUGCCAUUCAAGCAGAUGAAGAGCAGCUCCGGGUGCAGCUGGAUACAAUUCAGUGUGAGCUCAAUGCACCUACACAGUUCAAGGGCAGACUGAAUGAACUCAUGUCCCAGAUCAGGAUGCAGAACCACUUUGGAGCAGUGCGGGCUGAGGAGCGUUACUACAUCAAUGCAGACCUCCUAAGGGAGAUCAAGCAACAUCUGAAGCAGCAGCAAGAAGGCCUGAGUCACCUGAUUAGCAUCAUCAAGGAUGAUUUGGAGGACAUCAAACUUAUAGAACAUGGGCUGAACGAGAGCAUUCCCAUCAGAGGAGGAGUCUUCAGCUGACAUGGUGGGUGGUGCUGGGCUUACACAGAUCAUGGUACUCGAGUUCAUGGUUCACCUUCCAAGGCUAAAACUGUUGAGGUAAAAUAAAGCUCGUAUCUUCUAGGAGCAGUGGUAUUCUGGUUGUUAUCUUUAGAAUUAGCAAAGCCUCCUCUAAGCUUUUGAACUUGACCUUUGGAAGGUUUAUAUUUUAUAAAGCUAUAUAUGCUUUAAUAAAAGAAGGAAAACUGAAUCCGUUCAGAUACUGUUUUACGAUAAAACUAUAUGUACUAUUGUACAUUUCUUUUCUUUUUUCCUUUUUUUACAACUGCAUAGUCUUAGAAAUGGAGGCGAAUUGUUCCAUUUGUGACUUGGUUUGUGGAAAGCUUAGCCCUCUUCCAUGUUUUUGUCAAAACAGUCAAGUAACAUCAUUCUGUAAACAGCUAAUUGCAAUCAUGAGAGAUAUGUAUGUUGCUGUAACUGUGUCAGUCUCCGUAAUACCAGUAGUUUACUGGGGCAAGCUGCAGGAAUUUGGUGUUUCCAGUUUCUGUCCUUCCUUUGGACCACAAGGAUCUGAAGGUUAUAUUUUCUCUCUUUACAUAUGUGAAUUAUACCAAGCUUUGCAGCCCCUCAAGUAAAAACAGAAUGUCUAGAUGUUGUUUUCUGCCUUUUUUUAAUUGGAGAAUAAUAAAUUCAGUCUGACUUU